AUGUUGGAAAUCGACAUCAAACUUCGCACGUUGCGCACGGUACGAAGUGAGAAAGAGGGCGGCCUCCAAUCUUCAAGUGUCGUUACAAUGCCGCGAUCCGAACUUUCGGUUCACACACCAAGCGCCCACUCCGCGGAACCCAUCAGUGAGAAACAUGCACAACUAAACCUACAGAACAACAGCCAAACGCUAAGUGAUAUUUCGUAUGUUUCCAACUCUUCACAGUACCACCGACUUCCGAAACUCUCUCGGCCUACAUUUAAUGGUGAUAUUUUACAAUGGCAAACAUUUUGGGACUCGUUUGAAACAACUGUGCAUUUAAAUACAAAUCUAUCGGACAUUCAGAAGUUUAGCUACCUGAAAUCUCUGUUGGAAUGCGACGCGUCUAGAACUAUUGAUGGUUUCGCUUUGACAAACGCUAAUUACAAACGGGCUAUUGAACUGCUGAAAGAACGAUAUGGACAGCAACACAAAAUCACCCACGCAAUUAUGCAGGCACUGCUUCAAUUACCGGCUCCUCUCUACAACCUGCAGAGUGUUCGAAGAUUUUAUGACAAAAUGGAGACACACAUCCGGAACUUGGAAUCCAUCGGCCAACAGCAGGACACGUAUGGCGAUCUACUUGUUCCGGUUAUAUUAGAGAAGCUACCGGCAGACAUUAAGCGAAACCUGGCCCGAGAACGAGGAGAUACUAACUGGAAGCUGUGUGACCUCCGCCGCGCUAUCUACAGAGAGCUCGACAUCAUGGAAGCCGGAAGUGCAUCGUAUCCGGAAGUCGCCCAGUUCAUGAAAACUGCGUUAUUCUACGCAGGGACGAACCACGCUAAGAAGGCUAAAUUCGACAAGAGCGAAUCCUUGAAUGUGAAGAAACAAACAUUUUCUUGUCCAUUCUGUCACGAGAAACACAAACCCACAGAAUGUUCGAAAUAUUGCAGCCCUUCCGAGCGAAUAAGCGUAGUCAAAAAGGACAAGCUGUGUUACAAUUGUCUAGGUAAGCAUCAAGUUUCACUUUGCAGAUCGCGUGGUCGUUGUCAGCAGUGUCACCGGAAACACCACACGAGUAUCUGCAACGCCAGCAGCGAUGACAAAACUAGACAUGAAAGCACACCGGAAACAUCGUCUUUGAGACCGGAAGCUACUGUUUUCCACUCUUCUAUGAAAUACCCACACUCUGGUGUUCUACAGACGGCAAUUGCUACUGUAGGUAUCAAGGAGACGGCCGUCGAUGCAGCUAUCCUCUUCGACAAGGGCUCCCAGAAGUCUUUUAUUACGCAGCAGCUGGCAGACCAACUACAACUUCCGGUUGAUGGUAUUGAAAUGUUGAACAUUGCGUCAUUCGGUGGAAUCACAACGAGAGUCCAACACGUAGAUCGCAGUACAAUUUACGUGAAAACAGACGACAACGGAAUGAUCCCAUUGAGCGUCCUGGUUGUUCCAACAAUAGCGAAACCCAUUGACACAAGCCUCGUGUCAGUAGCAGCAACAUUUCCCUAUCUCCGACGGUUGAAAUUAGCCCAACAAGUCUCAGUCGAUUCAAUGCUAGACAUUGCCGUUCUUAUUGGCGCAGACCACUACUGGGACUUGGUUGAAGACACUGUUAUUCGCGGGAACGGUCCUACAGCUGUGAAGUCAAAGCUAGGCUACCUACUGUCGGGUCCUGUUCAUACGGGGACUACAUCAAAAACCACAGGCAAGAGUCACAUGAUGAACGUGAUCGCAACCCGCCCGCCGAACGACUCAAUACUUGAGCGAUUUUGGAAACUUGAAAGCAUGAGUGUCACGUCAGAUGGUCAGGACCAGAAAGAGCUGGACUACAUACAAGAGUACCAAGACAAGUGCAUUGCAUUUCGUGACGGACGUUAUGAAGUCAAAUUACCAUGGAAACAAGACCACGCACCAUUACCCACGAACUUUGAAAUUGCCCUAAAGCGGACAAUGGGCACUAUUCAUAGACUCCGUCGUGAACCAGAAAUGCUUCAACAGUAUCAUGAAGUUAUCAAGGAACAGGAAAGCCGUGGUUUUAUAGAGAAAGUUUGUGUCGAUAAGGAGUCACCGUCUCAAACAGUCCACUACAUUCCACACCAUCCAGUACGGAAAGACUCAUCUACAACCCCUGUUCGUGUAGUCUAUGACUGUAGCUGCCGAAAGUCUGCAAGUCACCCUAGUCUAAAUGAUUGCUUGGAGUCAACCCCGCCUCAACUGAAUGACUUGACAACGCUGCUUGUACGAUUUCGAAUGCACAAGUAUGCCGUUACUACAGAUAUAGAAAAGGCAUUUCUACACGUCGGCCUCCACGAAAAUGACCGAGACAUGACCAGAUUUCUUUGGUUCGAAGAUCCUUACGAUACACAGGAUAAAGUCGUAGUGUAUCGCUUCAAAGCUGUGUUGUUCGGCGCGACCUGUUCACCUUUCAUUUUGAACGCCACACUUUUAAAGCACCUACACCAGAACAAAGACUGUAACGCUGUAAACGUGAUUGAACGUGAUCAUUACGUCGAUAACGUCAUUUCGAGUUUUGAGUCUGAAACGGAAGUGUUGAAGUAUUUUCAUGAAUCUAGAACGUUGAUGUCAAAAGCUGGCAUGAACCUUAGAUCGUGGUCGUCAAACAGCGAAGCACUUCAGAAAGUAGCUUUACGGGAAAACGUCCUAGAUGAAGAAGACGUCACCAAGGUUCUCGGUCUACGGUGGAAGACGGAAAGUGAUACAAUGCAGUUUGUCAUAAGGAACAUUCCAGAAGUACCUGAGGUCACAAAAAGAAUGAUACUGAAGUUUUCGUCUCAGAUCUACGAUCCUCUUGGCCUACUCAGUCCUGUUACAGUGAGGGCUAAGAUUAUGCUGCAGGAUAUUUGGAAAGGAAACUAUGAUUGGGAUACGCCUCUGCCAUCUGCUAUUCAAACAUCGUGGUCCAACAUUGCUGCUGAUCUCAACACAGCAACGGAGAUGACAGUCAAACGCCAGUUCCUAUCCAGCACGGAUGAUGGCAAAGAAACGAAGUCACCAAAAGAGCUUCAUGUGUUCGUUGACGAUAGCAUGAAGUCAUAUGGUGCGGAAACAUACGUAUCGAAUGGGACAGGUACAUGCCUAGUGAUGGCGAAAAACCGGGUUGCACCGCUGAAAUCGUUGACAUUACCACAAUUGGAACUAAUGGCUGCCUUAGUAGGGGCAAGGUUAGCUGCACAUAUUCAGCAGGCAAUUAUGGCGGACAAGAUAACGUACUGGUUUGAUAGCCAAAUUGUUCUUCAAUGGUUAUCAAGUACAAAGGUGCUGAAACGAUUUGUCGCAAAUCGAGUGUGUGAAAUUAAACAACUGACUAAAUUUUAUGAAUGGAGAUAUUGCCCUACGAAAGACAACCCUGCUGACCUCUUGACACGCGGGAUAUGUUCUGAAAACCUUUUACACAACAGGUUGUGGCAAGAAGGUCCUCGAUGGCUUAAUGACAGAGGUCGUUGGCCGACAUGGAUUCCCAGCAAUUCGCAUGUUAACACAGUAAUGAACGAGCCUAUGCCAACGCUACAAAGAAGUGAAAUCUUGAACUCAAAUAUUUUGAAUGUGAUUGACAUAACGAGAUACAGUUCAUACAAAAAGUUACUUCGUGUGACAGCAGUUGUACUGAAGUUCGUAGCAAGAUGUAGACGAGAACUUGAACAGAACGCAUGCAGUGGUUUGUCAGUACAGAAUGUAUACAAGGCUGAAACCCUAUUGAUUAAGCAUUGUCAAGAAAUGGAGUUUCGAAAUGAAAUUACUAGCUUACAUUCCGGACAAAGUAAAUUACCGCUAGUAAAACAACUCAGUUUAUUUCUGGAUGAUCGUGGGAUUCUUCGAUGUCGAGGGAGAAUACACAAUGCGCCAGUUGACGAAGACGCCAAAUUUCCGUUCCUGUUGCCUAAGAAGCACGUGCUCACUCGGCUCAUAAUCCAGGAAACACACGCCUAUAGCUGUAGUGACUGA